AUGGCAUCCGCUUCCCGUCUUCGAGUUCCGCCUCCGCAGCCGCCAGAGCCGCACGGAAUGGAAUCCACCGCAUCCGAGGCCGGCACGGCAGGACGCCCAGUCCUCCUCUCGUUCGAUGAGAUGCCGGAGUGGUUCCGACGUGAAUCCAACCAGUGGAUUCUCCAUGGCUAUCGGCCCAUCUCAGGCUCGGCUCACGCUUCGUUCAGCAGUUGGUCGUAUAUCCACAACGAGUCGGUCAACAUCUAUACCCACCUCAUCCCGGCCGUUUUCUUCCUGCUCGGCGAGUGGUAUCUCCAGCAGUACCUGACCAGUAGAUACUCCGGGGUCACUGGCGCCGAUUUCAUUGCUUUCUCCAUCUUCAUGUUGGCGGCCGUCACGUGUCUGUCGUUGUCGGCGACGUACCACACCUUGAUGAACCACUCCCACCACGUGGAACAUUUAUGCCUGCGACUGGACAUGCUGGGUGUAGUGAUCUUCAUACUGGGCGACCUUGUCUUGGGAAUAUACAUGGUUUUCUGGUGUGAACCUUUGCCACGCAAUUUCUACUGGUCGAUGAUUGGACUUUUCGGGACGUUGACCAUCUUCAUGACAAUGCAUCCCAAGUACCAGGGCUCAAAGUAUCGCCUCUUCCGAGCAUUGAUGUUCGUGGCGACUGGCUUGUCCGGUGUUGCGCCCUUGAUCCAUGGACUCAGUGUGUUCGGCAUGUCGCAGAUGAUGAGAAAAGCUUUUCCCUAUACUCUGGCAAAAGCAGGCUGCCUUCUAUCUGGGACUGCCUUUUAUGCAGUAAGUCUCCCAUUCGCACACAAGGGAGAAAUUGACCCUAACACAUGUGGUUCUAAGACCAGGUUUCCCGAAAGUCGAUAUCCUGGCAAUUUCGACCUAUGGGGCUCCCAUUCGAUCUUUCACGUUCUGGUGGUAUGCGCCGCUGUGGUCCAGUUCAUGGGGUAUCUGGAUGCCUUCGACUAUGCUCACGCAAAUCUUACGUGCUCGUCUCUUUGA